CGUUCCGGGGGACAAUAGAGGCGCCGGGCCUGGCUGCGCUGCGCGAUCGGGGGCCGGGAGCAGAGGCAGGGGGCAGGAUGCUGGCGCUCUUCACCAAGCUGCUGGACUGGUUCCGGGCGCUCUUCUGGAAAGAGGAGAUGGAGCUCACCCUGGUGGGGCUGCAGUACUCGGGCAAGACCACCUUCGUCAACGUGAUCGCGUCGGGGCAGUUCAAUGAAGAUAUGAUCCCAACAGUGGGCUUCAAUAUGAGGAAGAUCACCAAGGGGAAUGUGACUAUAAAGCUCUGGGACAUUGGGGGCCAGCCUCGUUUUCGCAGCAUGUGGGAGCGGUACUGCCGUGGAGUCAGUGCCAUUGUAUACAUGGUAGACGCUGCAGACCAAGAGAAGAUUGAAGCCUCAAAGAACGAACUUCACAAUCUGCUCGAUAAGCCACAGCUCCAGGGCAUCCCAGUCCUAGUUCUUGGGAACAAGCGAGAUCUACCUGGCGCCUUGGAUGAGAAGGAGCUCAUUGAGAAGAUGAACUUGUCUGCCAUCCAGGACCGCGAGAUCUGUUGCUAUUCAAUCUCUUGCAAAGAAAAGGACAACAUUGACAUCACCCUACAGUGGCUUAUCCAGCACUCAAAGUCCCGGCGAAGCUGAGAGCCCUUCGGCCACCUCUUGGAUCGGGAAGAUGCCAUUGUAAAAGCCCAAACGCACCUCCUCCUCCCUCUUCCCCCAUCUCCUGCUCUUUCCAUCCCCCUUGCCCACCUCCCUUUCCCUAGAUGGGUAUUUUUAGGGGACCCCAGACUCUUCUUCUGCUGAGAUUGAACUCCUGUUUUUAUUGUAAAGAAACUGUCUGCCCCCCACCCCGUUCCCUCGCUCCUUACUCUGGUUUUGGCACUGUUCUGUUGUCGUCAGUGUGUGUACAGUAUAUAUAUAUAUAUGUAUAUAUAUUUUAAUUUUUUAAUUUAAGCAAUUACGCUGUUACUAAAUGGGGCCUGUGAGCUGUCAUGGGGGCAGCGGCGGACAGAUGGGGAGGGGGUGAAGUACCACACGCAGUAUUGGGCAUCUCGCAAGCAGGGGGGACCUCACUGGGGGUGGGGAGGAGGAGCAUGGCUUUGGGCAGAACCUUCCCUGCAAGCGACCUCUUCCCCCUUCCACCUCCGGCAGCUCACUUCUCCCUCAGUGACGGAAUCUGAUGCUUUCCGCUGUGUCUGCUUCUUUCUCUGCUGCCCAGGCUGCUCAGUGGUACGGGGGGGGGGGGGGUAAGCCCCUGAGGAAGGCCUCCUAGAACAGGAUUGCUCACUUUUGAGUCAGUCCUCUGGUCUAAGGCAUUGGGGGGAGUCGGUGACGUCCCUUCUCCCCCUGAAUCCUGGGGAAUCAAGUUCAGUUCUGUUGUUUCCCAACAAGGUGGGCUGUGAAGGUCUCCUUGCGUUGUGAUUGAGCUUUGACUCCCGCUCAGCUUGCUCUUGGAUCCCCUGAAUUAUCAUCUCCUGCUGCUGCCCUGCACAAAUCCAUGUGUGGUGGAUGCGGUGUGUGCUUGCCCUUUGCAAGCCUGUAUGCUAGCCUUCUGCCUAAGGCUGCAGUCUUUCUGUAGGGAGGGGACCAGGGCCUGAGCAGACAUAGAUGGGCCGGGAUGCAUGUGCUCCUGGGCCGCAUAAAGGCAGACUCUGAGCCUAGGAUUCUACUGUGCCACAGACUCUUCAGCUUGGAGCGAUUUAUGCCCAGGUUUCCUUCCAAGCCCCUUCGGGAAGACAUAGAUCUUGGGAUGGUUGUCUCGAAUCCUAGAUGUGGAUUUCAGCGCAGAGGAGAUGAGAAGUGUGCCCUCGUCCAGUUUGCAGGUGUUUCUGCUGGCCAGAGCCUAGUCACUAGGAGCAGGGGCUAUUCCUCAGUCUUCUAGGCUAGAGAGAGAGAGACACACACACCAUCCUCCAUGAGCCCAGAACUAAGUGUACAAGACCUGCUGCCUCUGGCCAAGUUUAGGGUGUGAGGCUUUGGCCUUGGGAUUAGGCAGUUGUGUAGGAGAGGGGGGUUCUUGAUCUCCCAUGCCUGCAUGCAUGAUGGUCUGCGAGAGAACUGUGCUUCACAACCAUACGGUGCUUGAGCUUUCGAGCUAAAAGCUGCAAUGGGGCGAGGAUGGCAAUUCCUGACCAGGGGGGUUAAUCCAGGCUAGCAGGGGUGGUGACUGUUCUGUGCUGAUAUCUGCUCACCUUGGGAUUCACGAUAGGGUCCAACAGGGUCCAGGAAGGGGGUUCUGGGAAGGAUUGUACGGCUCCAUGUGCCAGCCCCCCUUGCCCCUCUGUUAAGAGCAGCCGGCUGCAGGCCACAAGCAACCAGGUCUUUCCCCGCCCCAUUUAAGCUGCGGAUAGGCCUGAGAUUGCAGGGCCCUAUCCUGCCCUUGCCUGGCCCUAUCCUGCACGGAGCUGCUCCCCUCAAGGGGGUUGGGCUUUCUAACUGCAUCUUUUUCCCCCCCUCCUCUGUUCUCAUUUUCACAGAAUUGCACAAGGAGAUAUUUUACUCGUUUUUAUUAUUAUUUAAUGAAUUGUAAAGUGUCAUUUUAUUCCUUUUUUAAAUAUAUUUUUGGCUCAUUUUUUGACCCUCUCCGUUGGGAAAUGAAUCUUGUAACAGUACAUUUUUUUUGCCUCCUAAUAACAAUAAAUUAACAAUUUUGUGUU